AUGGCAGAACUCAUCAAUCAUCCUAAUGUGUUCAAGAAGCUAAGGGAGGAGAUAAAGUCAGUUGUUGGAACAACUAGACCAGUGGAAGAUUCUGAUAUCCUAAAUCUCCAUUAUUUGCAAGCUGUGGUGAAGGAAACUUUGAGAUUAUACCCAUUAGUGCCUGCAAUCCCUAGAGAAUGCAGACAAGAUUGUAAAGUUGGAGGAUUUGAUAUACCUAAAGAAACUGCAGUACUGAUCAAUGCAUAUUCCAUAAUGAGAGAUCCAGAGUUAUGGGAUAAUCCUAAUGAGUUUUACCCAGAAAAGUUCUUGCAUGAAGAGGAAAAUCAAAAGAAGCAAAACUUCAAUUUUGUUCCAUUUGGUGGGGGAAGAAGAAAGUGUCUUGGUUCACAAUUGGCCUUGUGUUUGAUGAAUAUUACUGUGGCAUCUAUGGUUCGAGGCUUUGAUUGGAAGUUUGCAGCAGGAGAUGGACAAAAGAUUAAUAUGGAAGCUAAAGCAGGCAUGGCUAUGUGCAUGAAGCAUCCACUUUUGUGCUUUCCUAUUAUUCACUUCAACCCAGUUUCUGCCUAA